AUGUCGGUGACGGGAAAUAGUACCGAACAAACGACAGCAGAUUCCUCUGUCUCAACAUUUGUAUCCUCGGCAGUUUUUAAUGCUGCAGUCACAAUCGGCGUAUUCAUCACAUUUGAAAUUGUGAGAAAACGAAAUAAAAAGGUUUAUGAGCCAAGAACAUAUUUAGUUUCGGAAAGAAAACGUUCCGAGCCACUUCGGGGAGGUUUGUUAGGAUGGCUAUGGCCGACACUCAAGGCUUCUAAUCAGGAAGUGAUUAAUCGAAUUGGCCUAGAUGCAUUCAUGUUCCUUAGGUUUAUCAGAUUAUUCGCGAUCAUCUACGCAAUAUUCUCGAUUAUUGGCAUAGGUAUUCUUUUACCAGUUAAUUAUGUCAAUCAGCGGGAUUUACCAGGAUUAAAUUCCUUUACGAUGGGAAAUAUAAAGGAUUCUUACAGAAUGUAUGCUCACGUGAUCGCGGCAUAUAUUUUCAGUGCUACAACAUUAUAUUUCCUACAUCGCGAAAAUUGUACGUACAUUAGAUUGCGCCAUGAAUACUUUACGACGCCUGAACAUCGUAUAUCUCUCCGUGCCACCACCAUUUUGAUUUUGGGUAUACCAAAGAAUAUAUGUAAUGAAAAAGAUUUGAAAGAAUUAUUUGAUAUUUUUCCCGGUGGUGUAAAGCGGAUAUGGAUUAAUAGAGACCCUGGAAAUAUCGCAAAACUUCACACUGCAAGAGAAAAGUUGGUUGUCAACCUUGAGGCAUCCGAGACCGCAUUGAUUCGUCAAUAUGCAACUUACCUUGAAAAACAAGGUGGCAAAGGCGACGUUGAAGAUGGUAAAAAAGUUCCCAAGGCUCUACGCCCAGUUCACCGGAAGACUCCGUUAAUCGGUUCAAAAGUCGAUUCGAUUGAAACUUAUCGUAAUGAAAUACAGACUCUUAACAAGAAAAUUGGAGAAAAACUGAUGGAUAUCAAGGAUUUCAAACAAUUGAAUUCCGCAUUUAUUCAGUUCAAUACUUAUGUUGGCGCACAAUUGGCCGCAAAUUUGACAAUUCCACGGUUAACAGAUAUUUCCCCUGAAGAUGUUAUUUGGGAAAACUUAAAUAUAACACGUUCGCAAAGAUUGGUUAGAUAUUUCAUCAGCUUUUCUAUUUCAUCUGCGCUUAUACUACUUUGGGCUUUUCCUGUCGCAUUUGUUUCCGCCGUAAGCACACUUUCGAAAUUGAAAGAGGUCAUUCCUUUCCUCCAACCACUGUUCGAUAAGCUUCCUUCAUCUGUGGUUGGUAUCAUUCAAGGUAUAUUGCCCGCCGUUGGCUUGUCGAUUUUGAUGAUGGUCGUCAACAUCCUUUUGGUCACAACGUUUUCCGGCGGAAUCUUUAAUGCUUUACCACCACUUAUUAAAAAUCCAACAUCCGCAGUAGAUAUUCUUGCCGAAAAUUUGCCUCUUACCUCGACUUUUUUCUUGACCUAUGCUCUUCUUUCGAUAUCUGGCUCAGCAUUAGAAAUUCUCCAAGUUGGACCCUUGAUUGUAAAUAUUUUGUUCAAAAUGUUUUUGGUCAAGACCCCUCGUCAAGUUUGGAAUCUUGAAAAAACUCUGACAUCGAAGGAUUGGGGUCUUUCCUUUCCGCCCCAUAUUUUGAUGGCAGCAAUCGGAUUAGUCUUUUCGUCAAUCCAGCCAUUAAUCUUGCCUAUUGUGACAAUCCAUUUUUCUCUAUACUACUGUUCGUAUAGAUACAACUUCAUAUAUGUUUAUAACCAGUUACAUCAAAGUGGUGGACUCUUGUUCCCGAAGAGCGUCUUUCAAUUUUAUGUAGGAAUUUACAUAUAUCAAUUAACCAUGAUCGGUCUAAUGUUUAUUAACACGGCCUACAUUCCUGGUGUGUUAAUGACGGUGUUAUUUGGCCUAACGAUUUCGGCAGUUUAUGUCAUGAGACAAAACUUCAAGCACAACCCACAUGUUGAUUUCCUUCCUGUUGAUCUAAUGGGAGUUAUUGACAUGAAUACCGAACAAAUAGUUGGAUUAAAGAACAUCGAAAAUUUGAAAACUGGCUUGAAAACUGGAAAGGUGCCGUUAAAAACCUCAGAAGGAAGCACUCAAGAAUACGAAAUAACUGAUAAGGCUGAAGGUGAAACAGAUCCAGAUGCAUUUCACAUUACUCAUACCCAAGAAGAUGAAGACAAGAGCGGAAAAGCAUAUGUGCAUCCAGCACUUGUAGCUGAACAACCUGUUGUCUGGUUGCCUCAAGACUCUGCAGGAGUUAGUGAAGAAGAAGUGAACGCUUGCCGGGAGGAGGGAAUAAAAGCUACGAACCAAGGAGCAAUUUUAAAUAAGAAGAAUAGGGUUGAAGUGGAUAUUAACAAUAUACCAGAUGGUUUAGAUUUCUUAAGUGUGUUCAAGAUUAUACGCGAUGACGACUUUCUACAUUAG